AUGUCACGACAAGGAACCCUUAAGGAGCCCCGUCUCCAGUGUGACAAAUGUUCCUACAAGGCAAAGAAAACUACCGGCAACCUACUCAACCACAUAUAUUAUAAUCACAUUGGCACGCAAUGUUCUUGGCCGGGUUGUGACGUGCAGACACCUUCCGAAACAGCAAUGCGCGCACAUCUGAGGAGGGUCCAUUGCGACGCCGAUGUGCACGUAGCCGAAGAAGGCGACCGCACAAUCGUGAGAUUCAAAUGUACAUGGCCAGAGUGCGGCAAGAUUCACGUCCAGCACUCCAACGCAAUUCGUUGUUGCAACUUCCAUGCCUAUCACGCGAACAAGAGACGAGAAGCACAGGAAGGUAAUCAGCCGGGUCAGAUCGAGAAUAGUGUUGAAGACGAGGCUCAUAAUGAGGCUGAGGUUGAGGAGGAUCAUAAAAUGGAGGAUGAGGGUGAAAAGAAAGCUAAAGAUAUCCCCGAGGACGCGGGUGAGAGUAACUCCCACCGAGAGCCUGACAACGACCCUGAUCACGGAUUAGAGCCCGAGCUCGAGCCCGACGCAGGUGAGGGUGAGCGGGAGCAAGACAGCGAGGUGACCCGUAUGCUCAAGUCCAUUUCCGCUAAAAUAGUGCAACACCACGCCGAGUAUUCGACAAAACUUGACAACUUAAGCCGCCGUGUGGAUAGCCUCGAAGUCGCUAUCAGAUCGGCAACCUCCGAAGAAGGACCGGUACCAAAGAAGGCAAAGUUGGGAUGA